GCGAGACAUACCUGCUAGGGCUUGACUAGACUCGCACUGGGCAUCUUACAAUAGUCCACGAAAAUGUCGGAUCAAGCGGGUAGCAGGAUCCUUGUAAUCUCGCCCACUGCAGCGCGUGCGCACCAAUUAGUGGAACGUGUCCAGGCGCUCUCUUCUCGCAGGGAAGGCGCAGAAGUCAACGGUUCUAGCGGUGCUCCCGAGAAGCAAGCGCAGACGAGCGUAUCGACGAACAAGGACCCACUUGCUGCGGGGAGUAGCACGAGCAUCCCGUGGACAAUUGCGAACAAGUACUACACCGCGGAAGUUCACUUCGAGACGCACGAGUAUGGGCUGUUUAAGGUCCAGCACGCUAUCGGUGUCCCGGCGAUCAUCUAUGUCUGGGGCCCAGGCGAUCCUUACAAGGAACAUAUCCCAGAGAUUGCACAGAAGGUCCAGCAUUACGAUCCCGAGGUUUCGCUCGCAGUGCGCUUGGGCGGGGAUGUUGAGGUCACAAGCCCGGCGGAACCAAGCGUGGAUGACGAUGGGCUCGACGAGUUCUUGUCCACACACGGGUUCGAAUUUGUCGAAGGGGACAGGUCAUACCGGAGACCUACUCAGGAUGCCGAUAGACACUCCGAUGACGAGGACUCAGGAAUUCCCGGCCUGCCUCGCGUGAUUGAUGCCCUCAGCACCAUAAUGUGGCCCUCGCUCGUCCAGUCAGAGGCGACGAAGAAGCGCAAGUCUCGUGCUCGGGACCUCAUCGGCUGGGCUCUCGAGGAGGAAGGAGACGAUGGCCUCCGUGCCCUCAUCGCCAAUCCUUCCGCAUCAGCCUCCUCCCAUCAAGCCGGAAACGUUCCUGUUGCUGCUGCAGCACGGAAAAGCCGUAUGCAGCGCGAGAUGGAGGAGCUCGAACGAUGGCUGGACGACGAGGAGAGUUCCUCGGGCGUUAAGUAUAGCCGAGGCAAGGCCGAGGGUCAGCCUGCGGAAGAAGAUGCUGCUCCCGCAGCGGCAGAUGAGGAGGCGCGGCAUUGGGUCACCAGCGCGCCCGUAUCGUCCGCGGAAGGCUGGGAAGAUAUGAUGACACCGCCUGCGAUACGCACGCCACGCUCGUUUGACAGCCCUCACGACGACGCCUCAUUCGAGCACGGGUUCGAAGACGAUUUUGCCGACUUUGUAUCGGCUUCGUCGCAUCCGCAUCUUCAGCCCCAUGGCCUGUCCGACGACAGGCUGCUGGAGGUGCAUUAUGACGUUGGCAGGCUCACGCCUAUGCACACGGGCACGUCGUAUCGUUCGCUCGGUUCAAUGUCUGACUUUGGCGGAGACGAGAGUUUCGGACCGGAUUAUCGCUAUCUAGACGGCGACGAUGAGGACGAUCCCGACCUCCCAUCUCGCGCGGAGGUCCUUGCGACAUCGCGCAGGCUUUUCGGUGCUUCCGCCUUUGUGCCUGCCCCAUCCUCCUCCACAUCAACCGGGCCUGAUACUUCCUCGGCGCGGGACCUGACUUCCAGUGCCCUACCUACUCUUGACCUACCACAGCCUCAGCACUCGUUGUUAGCAGACUCAUCUAUGGACAAUGUAACUGAUACGGAGGACGGCGACGAGUCCUUCGCCGCGUUCGACCUCUCGCGUGUCUUCAGUGCCCUGCAAGGUAUGAAGGACGAGAUUGCAGGGAUGAAAGAUGAAGACGAGCGGAGGCGUGCUGCCGCUCGUGUUGCCCUCGGACUGGUGUACGGAUUGGGUGUUGGGGGCGACAGACCAGAGCAAGGGGGCCUCGCUGGGGUAGGAGAAGGUGGAGGAGGUGCGUGAGCGACUCCUUCCAUUGAUUUCGAUGCAUAGGGCAUGUGCUACCGUGUUCCCUAUCACUAGGUUGUGUCAGUUGUGCUGUCUUGUAUUAUCCUAGAAGUUGACUGUC